CAGCGCAUCAGCAUCACUCCGCUCAAAAUCCAUAGUCAAAAUCGUGGUAAUGAUGUGCACAGCGUGAAUUCUCUCAUGUUAAAAUGGAAGAAAAUUAAGCAGAACCUGUCGAGACUGCCAAGCAGCUGGAGAAAGAGGCGAAAAAGCAAGCCAAACUCGAAAAAUUCAAGUUGAAACAACAGAAUGUUGAGAUGAAACCAAAACCAGCCGCUGAGCGGCAAUCAAUUUCAGAACCAAAUCCUAAAGGGCAGUUUGUCAUGGUGAUACCGCCACCUAAUGUAACCGGCUCUCUACACCUGGGGUAUGCACUUACUAAUGCUGUAGAAGAUGCUAUCACAAGAUGGCAUAGAAUGAAAGGUUGCACUACGCUUUGGGUUCCAGGCUGUGACCAUGCUGGUAUCGCCACUCCAUUCGUUGUGGAAAAGAAGCUUUGGAGGAAAGAGAAGAAGACAAGGCAUGAUAUCGGAAGAGAUAAAUUUGUCGAAAAAGUUUGGGAAUGGAAGAGAGUAAGUUCUGUUCUCCUUAGACAGCAGAAAGGGGAUAGAAUUUACCCACAUCUUUGGAGACUUGGGUCUUCUUUGGACUGGGAUAGAGCCAGCUUUACAAUGGAUCCAAAAUUAUCCCGAGCAGUAGUCGAGGCAUUUAUCUGACUGUAUGAUGAGGGUGACAUUUACAGGAGUGAUCGACUUGUCAAUUGGUCUUGUACUCUAAAAUCAGCCAUUUCUGAUAUUGAGGUAGACAAAAUUGAACUGACUGAAAGAACUUUUCUACCUGUUUCUGGUUAUGAAAAUAAAGUAGAAUUCGGAGUUUUGGUCCUAUUUAAGUACGAAGUAGAAAAUAGCGAUGAAACACUGACGGUAGCUACCAUGCGUAUUGAAACAAUGCUCGGAGAUGCAGCAGUAGCUGUUCAUCCUAACGAUAGCCGAUAUAAGCAUCUUGUAGGCAAAACUGUCAAACUUCCUUUCUGUGAUCGGAAAAUACCUAUUAUUACUGACGACUUUGUUGAUAUGCAGUUUGGAACAGGAGUUGUUAAAAUUACCCCAGCUCAUGAUCAUAACGAUUAUCAAGUUGGGCUACGACACAAUUUGCCAUUCAUUACUAUCUUAAGUGAUGAGGCCUACAUCAUGGGAGAUUAUGGAAAAUUUACUGGAAUGAAAAGAUUUGAUGCCAGGAAAGCUUUAUUAGAUUUGAAAGAAAAAAAUCUUUUCGUUGAAGUUAAAAAUAAUCCUAUGGUUGUUCCAAUCUGUAGUAGAUCUAAAGAUGUUGUUGAACCACUGCCAAAACCACAAUGGUACAUCAAGUGUGAUGAAAUAGCAAAGAAGGCAAUGGAAGCUGUGAACAGUGGAGAGUUGAAAAUUAUCUCCGAACAGCACAAGAAGAUAUGGUUCCAUUGGAUGGAGAAUAUCAGAGAUUGGUGUGUGUCUCGUCAGCUUUGGUGGGGUCAUCGUAUCCCUGCUUAUCACGUCACUGUGAAUGACCCUGCAUGUUUCAAACGCCCGGACAUCGUAAGUAAAGACAUCAACUUGGACAUCCUGUGCGUGCAAGGAUAUCGUUUCUUCUGUAACAAGCUUUGGAAUGCUGUCAAAUUUGCCCUCAUGUACUUCAACAAUAAGCCAAAGAGUGAAAGCUUGGAUAAAUCUGAAAGUGUUAUGGACAAGUGGAUCCAAAGCAGAUUAGCAUACGCAGUCCAGACUUGCAAUGAAUCCUUUGUAAAAUAUGAAUUUAAUGUCAUUACUACAGCUUGUUACAACCUUUGGCUCUACGAUUUAUGUGAUGUCUAUUUGGAAUCAGUGAAACCAGUGUUUGCAUCAGGCUCGUCAGCAAGUAUAGCGGCUGCACAAGAAACCCUACUUUUGUGUUUACACACAGGUUUAAGGUUACUUUCACCUUGCAUGCCUUUUAUUACUGAGGAGCUUUAUCAAAGGCUUCCACUGCCAAAUCCAGCCCUCAGUAUUUGCGUCGUCUCCUAUCCUGAAUCUGAGGAAUAUAAAUUCCGUGAUGUGCAACUAGAAGAGGAGGUAGAAUUCAUGCAGAAAAUUGUUCACAGAAUUCGAUCGGCUUGUUCUGACUACAACCUUGCAAAGUCUGCAAAAGUCGAAGCGUAUGCUGUUUGCACGUCAGAUAGCGUUAAAAACAUCAUAGAAAAGUUCUCAUUGGUGUUGCAGAAAUUGGCUUUGUGCAGCCAGUUAGAAACAUCUGAGGCUCCUCCGGCUGGGUGUGCCAUUCUUUCUGUUUCGGAUUAAUGCCAAAUUCAUCUCUCUCUGAAGGUGUGUGCCAGCAUUAUGUUUUAAUUAAAGUGACGUAUAUCUUGUACCUUAAAGAAACAAACAGUCUAUUCUGUAACUAAAGGCGUAUGAUGAUUACAUGGAUGGUUUAGUUCCGUAAGAUCCCAUGUUAAAAACCGUGGGCAAUUUUGGUUGAUUGUAGCGCAGUAGAGCGCUCUUGUAGCGGUCUUUGGAACUAGAAAUUUCGGAUAUUUACUGCUCAGACCGAUUGAGUGCGCUGGCGUCUUGGGGCCCGGCUGGACUGCUUGGUAACCUGCCAGAUUUAAUCUUUUCUCCAGCCCCAACCAAGAUCCCAAAUUGAUACAGGCAAUAUAUUAUUCUCCAUAUUAAACCCUUUUUCAUGAGUUUGUCGAAAAAAUACAUAAUUAUGACAUGAAAGUGCACUGUGGAGGCUGAAUUCAUUGCCCUCACUAAAUUUGGAAAGUUGUGACCGGAAAGCAUACUUUUCUUUUUUUUUAUUUAUCUCUUUAUUUUUAAAUAGAUGACUUUUUGAAACUGAAAA